AUGAUUGGGAAAAAAACAUCAUCUAACAGCGUAAAUUUGAUUGAUUUUAUAAAUCCAGCUUUAUUGCAUCCGCCCUCAAGAAAAAUAUAGCUUAUAGAAUAAACCAAGACAAUUAAGUUACUAAAGAGUUAUACGAAGAUUCCACAGAUAGCCACAGAAUUUCAAUCCCAAAUGAUUGUGAAUAAUUAAAGGAUUAAAAAUGAUUCCUUAUAUUCACUACCCUUUUAGUAAUAAUAUUUGGAGAAGGAUAGAUAGAUUACUAAAACUGAAAGAGAAACCUCCAAUAAAACUAGAUAAAAUAAUCCAUUAAGCAGUUUACCACAAAUACCUUUGGCAAUUAUCAAUACUCAAGCUAAACUAAUCGAUUUAAGUCGAACCAAUAAUAUGAUACAAUCACCUCAAAACACAGAUACAAAAAGGUCACUGAUUUCUCCGAAAUUGAAAUCCAAUAGUAAUAUAUCAAAUAAAAAUUAUACUUGUAACUCUACUACCACGGGAAGUAGCAAGGAUUCAAGUUCUUAAAUAGCAAAUACCCAAUAAUCCAAUCUGACUAAAAACAUAAUGGAUUCCUAUUAUGGUAAGGCUAGAAAAAGAAAAUUAAAUGUCACUGCGAAAAGUUUUAUUGUUUACGAUUGCAUUGAACAUAAAACAGUCUUGAAAAGAAAGAGCAAUAAAAGAGUUGAAGUAGCCAGCAUAACUAAAAUCAUGACUUUUUAUGUGACUUUGCUCACUAUCGAAUUAUACAAUCUUGAUGUGAAAUAGAUAAAAGUUAAAGUGACAAAAAAAUCAUCUGAGACAAUAGGCACAACUGCUGAAUUAAAAUAUAAUGACAUUUUAUCAAUGGAGGAUUUACUCUAUGGAUUAAUGUUACCUUCAGGAAAUGAUGCUGCAGUUCUUAUUGCCUAAGCCAUUGGAACUAUUAUAUUGUUUAACUAAUAAAAUAAGAGGCUGGAUCUUAAAUUAAUUGAUAUCGAACAAUUAAGUGCUGAAGGAUAUUUUUAUAAUCAUGAAUUUAGAUUCCAAUAUUGUCCUAUUGAAGUUUUCAUCAAACACAUGAAUAAAUAUUCAUCGUAAAUUGGAUAAUAGAACACUCAAUUUGCAUGUGUACAUGGAUUGGCUAAUGAAGAUAAUUAUUCUUGUUGCAAUGAUAUCAUCACUCUAUCUAUAGAAUGUCUAAAGUAUGAACUAUUCUAGACUGUAAUUUCUUCUAAAGAAUAUGUGACAAAAUCACUUUAUAAAUAAUAUGAAUGGAAAAACACAAACAAAUUAUUAGAUAAAGGGUUUUUUGGAAUUAAGACUGGUAUUACUGAAUCGGCUGGUCCAUGUUUAGCAAGUGCUUACCGUUCUAAUGAAAUGGAUUAUUAUAUUAUAAUUGUAUUAAAUUGUAAGCAUAUGAACAUGAGAUUUGAUGAUACCAUUAUUUUAUUAUAGCAUGCAAAACUCAAAAAAAUGAUGACCUCAAUUCCAUACUGA